AUGCAUCCAGCCGUCAAGCUGCUGAGAUCUCUCAUCAACAUCGACAGCACCAGCGAGAAAGAACUCGAGAUCGGUAUUUUUCUGGAACAGCAUUUAAAACAAUUAGGAUACACUGUCGAGCGCAUCGCCAUCACACCAGGGUCAUCCAGAUACAAUGUCUACGCAUAUCUGGGACAACAGAGAAAGGCACGGGUUCUGAUUACCUCACACAUGGAUACUGUGCCGCCACACAUCCCUUUCAGUUUCGAAGGAGACCUCAUCCGUGGCCGAGGGGCCUGUGACGAUCUUGGUCCCUUGGUUGCACAGGUCUUUGCCGUCGAGGAGAUGCGAGCAGAGGGCAAGAUCAGCGAGGAUGGCGGGGACAUCAGCUUUCUCUUUGUCGUGGGCGAGGAGAAAGGGGGUCCGGGAAUGAUCGCGGCGAACGAUAUGGGAUUGACAUGGGAAACUGGAAUCUUUGGUGAGCCUACGGAGGGCAAACUCGCACAGGGUCAUAAGGGCCAUGUUGUGUUUGAGCUGAGUGCCCAAGGAAAAGCCAGCCAUUCUGGGUAUCCUCACCUUGGAAGAAGUGCAACGACGGGGCUCAUGCGCGCACUUAACGAUCUUUCAGCAGUCGAAUGGCCGUCGUCAGAUCUUCUCGGCCCGACGACCUUCAACAUAGGGAAAAUUGAAGGAGGUGAAGGCUACAACAUUGUGGCUGCAUCUGCUAAGGCACUGUGUGGUGUGCGGGUGGCUGCCGAUGUGGAGGGAAUCAAGAGGCAAAUCUCCGACAUUGCAGCAAAGCACCCGGAUGUAGAGCUUGAUAUUCUCUUUUCAUACCCUGAGACUCUUCUCGACUGGGAUAUCGAGGGCUUCGAAGUGGCUCCUGUAGCAUAUGGUACAGAUGUUCCGAGGUUGAAGGGGAACCACAAAAAAGUGUUGUAUGGCCCAGGGUCAAUUUUGGUAGCUCACGGGAAAGAUGAAUGCAUCCGAGUGAGCGAGAUACUGGAAAGUAUUCAAGGGUAUAAGACGCUUAUUUCGAAAGCUUUGGAAUGA